GCUAGACUUAUGUAUGUACAGCCUUGACAAAAGUACGUCUGCAAGGCAUAAAGAGUCACUUGCUACUCAACAACCUCUUCUCCUCUUCCUCUUCCUCCUCAGUCUCACUUCUCAUAAUUCUACUGUCAAAUUAGUAUUCUCCCAUCCACCACUUCAAAAUGGGCAUCGCAAUCUCCUGCAUCACAGGAUCCAAUCCUCCCACCACCAGGGCACGUACGACAGAAGACACGGCUUCUGACAUCCUCAAUUUGAUUCUGACCGCUGAAUCCCCAGAAUCUCUUAGAAAGCAACUUCAUGAAACCGUCAGCACAUCCGGAUGGACCGACGCCAUCGCCCAAGCUCUCCUUAAUGGCCUCUCGAAAGCAAUCGUCGCAGGCGCCCAGAUGGCCGAAGCUUCGCGCAACGCCCUUGAAAAAGCACGCGAUGCAGCAGUCGGAUUUGCUACUGACCAUCCGGUCUACGCUACCAUUCUCGCGAUAGGAGUGUUGGCGAUCUUAACGCCGUGGGUCGUUGAGGCUCUGGGAUUUGCAGAGCUAGGACCGGUGGAGGGGUCCUUUGCUGCUGGAUGGCAGAGAAUGUAUGCGGGCUAUGUGCCUAAGGGGUCGUUGUUUUCGUUUUUCCAGCGGUUGGGGAUGAAGUGGCAUUAGUAUCUAUAUUCAGUUACUAUGAUUCAUGCUGCACAAGGGAUUGAUAUCAGGUUUACGUCCGUGACUAUCUACAUGCGUUAGUAGUCCAUUAUUCUCCAAUCGAUUGACGGUAGGAUAACUUGGAUCAAAGAACUAAUGGAUACUAUCAAAAACAUUUUAUUAUAUGCAAUCUCGAAUCGUUUGCAGUGAACAAGAGACAAUGGCAAGACAUCUCUCAGCCCAUAUGCUUCAAUUGCAUUUCUGUAAGAACUGUUUCUUUCUGCAUCCUGUUUUUAUAAAAAGAAUCAAGUAUAAUUCCAUCAUUUCCCAGAAGAAUCGUAUUUUCUGUGAAAUGCAG